AUGGUGGAGUCGAGGCGGCAUGCUGACGAUAUGACCGGGACAGUGACGAGCGGCGAGCAUGUCAAGGUUGACAGGGCUAGCGGAUGCAGGCUGGCCGCUGGCGAAAUCAUGGGCCCGGGUCGUCGCCAUGCUGGAAGACACUGCCAUUAUGCAUCACUUAGCCCAAUAUCGCAUCGCGGGGAGGUGGGCGAUACGGCCGGUGAGGCCCGCGAGAUGAUGGUGUGUGCCAACCCUUGUAGCCUGGAGACCAAUCACCGCGACACGGAAAAUAGUUGCUGGAGCGACCAGACGCGGGUUGCAGAGGUCGUGGCUCACGCCCUCUCCCCAAGUCUCCAAUGGCCUGUCGACACGCCCCCUCCUUUCUGCAUACCAUCCCCCCCCCUUGUUCAUGCCUCGCCAGGGGACCCAGCUGGUGGCCGUGGAAGCGACGACAAACGCAAGUGGCUACUGGCAGCAGUAUCGCGCGAGUACUUUGUGGCGGUCGAGUACCCGUGGGAAGCGCCAUGCCGCGACCCAAUGCUGCUCGUGUUUCCCGGGUUUAGCGACGAAGGACUGGGGUGUCUGGGAGGAAUGGAUCCAGAGAGAGGAAGGGCGAGCGAGAGGAGGGGGCUCUAUGUGUGGAUGCAGCACUCAAGGUGGGAUUUCGCGGGAGAAGGGAACCAGGAUCAAGAAGAAAGAUACAAAAGUAACGAGGCACCCGCCGAGACCAGCGUCUCGUCCCUGUUAUCCCGAGAGGUAUUUCUCGUUCCCUUGCAAUUGCGGUCGCAGCCCAGCGUGGACGUUGAAUACGGACGACGGACACACAGAGAUCCUUCUUCUUAA